GUUUAUGUAGCUAUUGGUCAAAAAGCAUCUUCUGUGGCUCAGGUAGUAACUACCUUACAAGAAAAGGGAGCCAUGGAAUAUACUAUUGUGGUAGCCGAAAUGGCGGAUUCCCCUGCUACACUUCAAUACCUCGCUCCUUAUACAGGAGCAGCUAUAGCUGAAUAUUUUAUGUAUCGUGAAAAAACACACUUUAAUCAUUUAUGAUGAUCUCUCCAAACAAGCCCAAGCUUAUCGCCAAAUGUCUCUUCUAUUACGUAGACCACCUGGUCGCGAAGCUUACCCAGGAGAUGUCUUUUAUUUGCACUCACGUCUUUUAGAAAGAGCCGCUAAAUUAAGUUCUAAGUUAGGGGAGGGCAGUAUGACUGCUUUACCUAUAGUAGAAACGCAAUCGGGAGAUGUUUCUGCUUAUAUCCCUACUAAUGUAAUUUCUAUUACUGAUGGACAAAUAUUCUUAUCCGCCGAUCUAUUUAAUGCUGGAAUAAGACCUGCUAUUAAUGUGGGUAUCUCUGUUUCCCGAGUGGGGUCUGCAGCUCAAAUUAAAGCCAUGAAAAAGGUAGCUGGUAAAUUAAAAUUAGAACUCGCCCAAUUCGCUGAAUUAGAAGCCUUUGCCCAAUUUGCUUCUGAUCUUGAUCGAGCUAGUCAAAAUCAAUUAGCAAGAGGUCAACGAUUGCGCGAAUUGCUUAAACAAUCCCAAUCCGCUCCUCUGACGGCGGGCAGAGCAAAUUAUUACUAUUUAUGCUGGAAUAAAUGGGUAUCUUGAUUCAUUAGAACUUGGACAGAUCAGCAAAUUUCUUAUUGAGUUAUAUACUUACUUCAAAACUAAUAAACCUCAGUUCCAAGAAAUCAUAUCGUCUACCAAUACAUUUACCGAUGAAGCAGAAGCCCUUUUGAAAAAAGCUAUUCCGGACCAAAAGGAUCGGUUUCUACUUCAAGAAAAACUUUAAAUAAGUACUUCAAUCAAAAAAUUCAAACACAAUAGAAAGAUAUGGAAAAAUUGCGCCCAAUAGGAUUUGAACCUAUACCAAAGGUUUAGAAGACCUAUGUCCUAUCCAUUAGACAAUGGACGCUUUGGUGCUUCUUUUUUGCGUCUUACCCCUCAAAAUUAUUUGUAACAAUAAAUAAUUAGAUCGGAUUCUAGGUGAUCUUUUUUUUAUUGUCUAUUCCUAUUCCCCUUUAAAAAUAUUCUCAUUAAUGAGCAUCUCCAAAUAAAUCUUUCAAAUAAUAAUCAAAUAAUAAUUUUUUUAUUCCAUUUUUAUUCAAUAUGAAAUUCAAAAUGAUUUUCUACUUCCUUAGAAAACAACGCCCGGUUGAGUAAGGACCGGGCCGUGCGAACAAGAAUAGCCUUUUCAACAUUUAAAUAAUUGAGUAAAAAAUCAAAACAAAACAUCUUAUAACUCUUAAUUUAGAUUUUUAUAAAAUAAUAUAAUAAAAAUAUUUAAAUAAUAGAUUGAAAAGCAUAAUCAAAAUAAAAAAAAUUACUUAGUUCUAUGUUUAUUAUAAAAUAAGAAUUCUCUAAAUAAAAUUUGGAGAGAUGGCUGAGUGGACGAAAGCGUCGGAUUGCUAAUCCGGUGUACGAGUUUUUCGUACCGAGGGUUCGAAUCCCUCUCUUUCCAUUUUUGUGGAUCGUAUUAUUUCUUUUUUUUUUUUUUUUUAUUUGCAAAUUCGUUUUAUUUUAUUCUUCACGUCCAGGAUUACGCCUUGGAUCAUUAGAUAGGAACCCAAAGAUAAAUAGAGAAACAAAAAAGAUGACUACUGUGUAUACGAAGAGUUUGAGAGUAAGCAUUACAAACCUCCAAUAUUUUUUAUUGAAAAAAAAAUAAAUAGAAUAUAUUUUCUAUUUUGAGACCACAUAGGUACUAUAAGGUACCAAGAAAGAAAGUUGAAAUAGAGUUAAUUUUCUAAAGAAAAAAAUUUCAUAAAUCAAAUUGAAAUAAGAGUUUACCAAAUUAAAUAUGGGGAAUGGUCCUAAUCCUAGUAGAGUCUUUUACUAUAAAAAAAAGCUUUAAAAAGCAAGGAAGUUCUUAUUCUUAUUUUACUCAAUUUGUUUAAUUAAGUAUUUCAUCGAAAACUAACAACAGCCUGCCAAACAAAAGCUAAAAGAAAAAAAAGAACAGGUAUUAUUGGCAUAAAAUCGACGAUUGGAUUCAAAAAAGCAUAAGAUUCGGGCAAUUUGCCGAAUAAAAAACUACUUGAAUAGAAGACAGAAUUAAGACAGAUAAAACUAAGCAUAAAAGACAUGUUUUUUUUGAUAAUGAAUUAUUAAGAUAUGAUUUUUAUAAAAUUAAUAUAAAAACAUUAUAUUGAAUUCGUAGGGCGGGCGCAAAAUAUUGAUUCCUCUUUUUA